UGUCAAAAAACAAAACCCAUCCCCAACCAAAGCUCCUUCGGGCCUUUCCCGUCUUUGCCUGCCUUCCUUCCUUCCUUAGGAGGAAAAGAAUCUAGAGGGGCGAGGAGGGAAAACGCCAGGCCUUCCCGUACUUUCACCCCAGAUACAGCCCAUAUCGAGCAGGUAGCGAUGGAAAGUCCCCCCACUGGCAGCCCUGUAAACUGGCCUUGUUUCUGCUUAGUUGGUGUGUGUGUGCCGACGCUCAGCCGUGCAGCGCUCUUCUGGACUGGUCCUCGGAAAGAGGAGGGUCAUAACUUGAGCACCACUACGAAUCUGAAGUGCCUCUGGCUACGGAGCUCUGGCUCUGAGUACCUCAGUGGAAUAGAAAGGAAAUUGGCGUUUCAUUCUUCCGCACUUGUAAAUAAAUACUCCAGCUAUAACAAGAAAUCUCUUUCCUUGUUGUAAGGCUGACUACCGAACUUUGGGUCUACUUCAUGACCACUAACUUCUGUUUGACCAAGCAACUCCAUCACAGUCAUCAUUUAAAGUUACAAAUCAGUGGUUCCUACCAGCUGUUAGAGGAGACAUCCCUCCAGGCUGUGCUGCCCAUGGAUUUGUCUGUGAUGGUACCAGAAUUUUAGUAUUUGGGGGAAUGGUUGAAUAUGGAAGAUACAGCAAUGAGUUAUAUGAGUUACAAGCAAGUCGUUGGUUAUGGAAAAAAGUGAAGCCCCAUCCUCCUUGUUCUGGCUUACCUCCUUGUCCUCGCCUGGGACAUAGCUUCUCUUUAUAUGGUAACAAAUGCUAUUUGUUUGGUGGCCUGGCAAAUGAAAGUGAAGAUUCAAACAAUAAUGUUCCCAGAUAUUUAAAUGAUUUCUAUGAGUUGGAGCUACAGCAUGGUUCGGGUGUUGUGGGUUGGAGCAUUCCCGUGACUAAAGGGGUUGUGCCUUCUCCAAGAGAAUCCCACACAGCUGUUAUAUAUUGCAAAAAAGAUUCUGGAAGUCCUAAAAUGUAUGUUUUUGGCGGAAUGUGUGGUGCUCGCCUGGAUGACCUAUGGCAACUUGACUUAGAAACCAUGUCAUGGUCAAAACCAGAAACCAAAGGGACAGUGCCACUUCCACGAAGCCUUCAUACAGCUAGUCUUAUAGGAAACAAGAUGUACAUUUUUGGUGGAUGGGUUCCACAUAAGGGGGAAAAUAUUGACAUGUCACCUCAAGAUUGUGAAUGGAGAUGUACCAGUUCAUUUUCUUACCUAAACCUGGAUACAGCAGAAUGGACCACACUAGUAUCAGAUUCUCAGGAGGAUAAAAAAAAUUCAAGACCAAGACCAAGAGCUGGACACUGUGCUGUUGCAAUUGGCACACGUUUAUAUUUUUGGAGUGGAAGAGAUGGUUACAAAAAAGCACUGAAUAGUCAAGUUUGCUGCAAGGAUCUUUGGUAUCUUGAUACUGAAAAACCACCAGCACCAUCACAAGUACAGCUGAUCAAAGCCACUACCAACUCUUUUCAUGUCAAAUGGGAUGAAGUGCCUACAGUUGAGGGCUAUCUUUUGCAGUUGAAUACAGACUUGCCAUACCAAGCCACAUCAUCAGAUUCUUCAGCAGCACCAAAUAUGCAAGGAGUCAGGACAGACCCUCACAGACAAGGCAGUAAUAGCAUCGUUCCUAACAGUAUCGGCGAUACAGUAAACAGUGCGAAGAUUGAACAUACAGCCAUGAAAGGAACUUCAAUGAAAAACAAACCAGAAUUUAAAGCAUUGACGGACUCUAAUGCCAUUUUACAUUCAUCUUUGCCAUCUAAUGCUUCUAAUCAUAAUAGUUGUAUGGUGGAUAUGCUAAGGAAAAAUGAAGGUCCUCACACUUCAGCAAAUGUAGGUGUUCUAAGUAGUUGCCUGGACGUAAGAACAGUAAUCCCUGAAACUUCUGCAUCCAGUACUGUUUCCGGCGCACAAACUAUGGUAACCCAGCAGGCCAUUAAAACUGAAUCAUCCAGUACAAAUGGGGCUGUUGUUAAAGAUGAAACUUCACUAACAACAUUCAGUACCAAAUCUGAAGUUGAUGAAACAUGUGCACUGCCUGCAACUAAGAUUAGCCGUGUAGAGACCCAACCUGCAGUAAUGCCAUAUUCUAAAGAGACUCCUUCAAAUCCAGUGGCCACAGUGAAAGCAGAACGACAGUGGUGUGAUGUGGGAAUUUUUAAAAAUAAUACAGCUUUGGUGAGCCAGUUUUAUUUGCUGCCAAAAGGGAAGCAAAGCAUCUCAAAGGUAGGAAAUGCAGACGUACCUGACUACAGUUUACUUAAGAAACAAGAUCUUGUUCCAGGCACAGGGUACAGAUUCAGGGUUGCUGCAAUCAAUGGUUGUGGAAUAGGCCCUUUCAGCAAAAUCAGUGAAUUUAAAACUUGUAUUCCUGGUUUUCCUGGAGCUCCUUCUGCAGUCAGAAUUUCAAAGAAUGUUGAGGGUAUCCAUCUUUCCUGGGAACCUCCAACUUCACCUUCUGGAAAUAUUUUGGAAUAUUCAGCCUACUUGGCUAUCCGCACAGCACAGAUACAAGAUAAUCCAAGUCAACUUGUGUUUAUGAGGAUUUAUUGUGGUCUUAAAACAUCAUGUAUAGUAACUGCUGGGCAACUUGCAAAUGCACAUAUUGAUUAUACAUCCAGGCCUGCUAUUGUGUUCAGGAUAUCAGCAAAGAAUGAAAAGGGAUAUGGACCGGCUACACAAGUUCGAUGGCUUCAAGGUAACAAUAAGAAAGCAUCUUUAAAUUGAAUUGUUUUUUUACUGAAGCUAUUGUAAUGAUGAUUAUUUAUUAGUAACUGGUUAUGAAGAUUUGUCAUUUAAAGGAGUAUUCUCUGACUGUAUUUCUAGCAGUUAUGAAUUUGAGUUUGUAAGUUGUUCUUAAAAUGUAUUUGCUCAAUUCUAGAUCCAAAUAAAAAUAGAAAAGAAGCAAAGACUCUGAAAAUUAGUACAUUGGCUCUUCCUUACAGGUAUAGCUCUUUUAUAAAGAAAAGUAGUAAAAUUAAGAUAAAAACUAGAAAGCUUUAUUACCCCAAUAUCUUUUAUAAAGCCUAUGUAAACCAGUCAUCCUAGAGUUAUUGAGAUGAUUCUAGUAACUGGCUGUUGUACACUAUGCUGUCAUAUAAAGUAAAUAUUCUCUACAUUGUAAAUUCCCUAUCUUUGAGUAUUCCUUAUAUCUUUAUUCUAUAUGAGCAAUGGUCUUCUAACAACUAUCUUCUAUUGGAUAAUAUUUGUGAUACUAAUUUUAGUAGCCAUUUGACUGUUCUGUUUGUUUACAGUUAGCACAAAGCUUAAGAAAUUAAAAAAGAAAGAGACAAAUUUAGAAACUCUGCUUUUGAAGUUUUUAUUAUUUUCCCAGAAUCAUGAUAAAAUACAAAAAAAUAAUGAGUUUUCUUGAUUCUUAUCAGGAUGAUAUAUUUGAAUACAUUUUUGGCCAAAGGCACUUAAACUUAUUUGGCUCUCUUUUUCUUCACUGACAGAUGAAGGAGUUAUAAUAGUUUACCUUUAAAGUCCCUUUCACCACUAAAAUUUUGUAUUUUCAUUAGAAGUGAAGUAUAUCCCUGAACAUUUUAAUCUGUCCUAAUGGCUCUAACUUUGCUUUUGCUAAAAGUAAAAUCUUCAUAAUUUAAAAUUCAAAAUUAAAGUAUAUGUCCUCCUAUUGCAGAAAGAAAUAAGCACCUUAACAGGACACAAAUUUUGAAAUAGUGUUUUAAACAUUUGUAAGAUUUUUGUAAAUGCUCUAAAUGUUUUAUUUUUGCAUUGUUUUUACCUCAAAAUUGUAUAAACUUUUUUACAAUGGAAAUGUAAGCAUUAGACAGCUAACUCAGGUUCCAUUACAACCUUAAAGAUACAGAUAGGCAUUAUGAACACUCUGCUACAGGUAACUUGUUUUGAACCUUUUAGGAAUUUCAUGGUUCCACUGCCUAUUCAAAUCUGGAACGAAAAUACAGAGCAAUAAUUGCAGAGAAGAUAUUUCAAACUAAGAGCUGCAUACUGCAGGGGCACAAGUCUAUCUUUUUUUAUACCACAUAACCUUAUGCCAGUUUAGGUUGACUGAGUAGCUAUGUCCUCAAAUUUCCUGUAUAGUACCCCCAGCAAAGAUGGAUUUAAUUCUGCAGAAUUGAUAUAUAUGUGUGUUCCAGUUACUAAUUUAAAGUGUAUAGAAUAUUUUAAUAUAUAAAUUUUGUAAAGAACUGGGAUUUUUAUACUACAGUAUUUGUAAUUAAUGUGUCUCACUAAUUUUCUCUUGAAGAAAAUAUGCAAACUGUUAGACACAUAAUGAGUGGUUUCUGAACUCUAAAGAUAAAAUAAAUGCACUACUAUGGUGUUGUUAGAAUACCUUUUUUGUGGCUGUAUGAAUCUUUAAUCUUUAAAUGUGUACUUUACAAUGUUUACAAGGAGCUUCUCUGGUUUGUUAUCCCAGUAACGCCCUUGGUGAGAGCUUCAUUCUGCAUUUGUUUAACUCAUAUGCUUUGCUUUUGGCAUAUGCUUGCUUUUUGCACUAGUAGAAUUUUAACUUACCUCAUUGUUAUGUUUGUAAUCAUUUGUCUAGCUUCUGUAACGUGUCUCAUAUAGGCUAAACAAAUACUUAACCAAAGUUAAAAUACAUGGUAAGCAAUUUUGCACAUAUUAAAUGCUAGGGUUUGUUGUGUAUAUGUGUGUGCUUAGUCAUAAAAAGAAUAAGAAUGGAAAGUUUUAGUAGGUAUAUGUUUCAAACCCAGUUAUUUUAAUGAUCCAUUUGCUUUAACAGAAAAAGUCUGGCUUUUAACCCCUUCUCUGUAUUAAUUAACAGUUUGCAUCUUAAAGCACUUCUCUUAAUGACAAAGAAUUCGUAAAUUUUAAGCAAAGGAUAGAAUAUUUGAAUGUGCACAUCUAUACCUAUUUUAGUAUUUGAUUUAGUUUACUUUGCUUAAAUGCCUCUAUUGUUCUAGACCAGAAGUGAAUAUGAAUCUGUGGCUCUAACAUAAUGACUUUUUAGAGUGAAGGACAGUCUUUCUGUACCAAGGAAUUUGUUGAAAUAAUAAAUGUAAAAGUAAAAAACAUUGAGAAUUAGCCCAGAUUCUGAUUUUUGGGCCAUUUGUACCUUAAGCACCAGUCAUAUUAUCUCCCUGAUAAGGGACUGGUGACUGAAAAAUGCCAUUAAGAAAUCUUUGUGGCUUUGACGUUAAUAGUUAAUAUGAGAUCUUAAAGUUGUGUGUUCAUGAAUAGAAUGGAUUGGGGUAAAUAAUAAGGGAAGUGCAUUUAGCUUCUUAUGAUUUGCACAUUUUCUAAGUGGCCAUCCCUUUCUGUAGCAGUGAGCUAUAUCAUGCAGCUAUAUCAUGGGAGGACUUACAAUGAGUUAAAUUACUUUUUUUACUCUUCCCAGUUGGAUAAGCAGUUCAGAUGUAACAAGCCUUUGUGCCACAGUCCUCUUCCUGUGCUCUGCAAUUUUGGUUCACAUAAAUAGUAAAAGUAUUUUUGAUGUUGCAUGCUCUUAGAAUUAUGUUUUCUAAAUAUUGUAUUGACUUCAUUUUAGUUUAGUAAACUUUUUUGGCAAUUUAAUUAGAAAUGGAAUAUAUAUAAACUCAAUUCUAUCUGCAUUUUUUAAAAAAAAUUGAAAUAAUCUGAUUGCAUGUAUGAGGCACCCUUGCCCCAUUACCCAGAUACAUAAAUAUAAUCAUCUAUAGGAAGGUGAAACUGUUCAUCCAUUAUUUCAAAAACUUAUAGCCUAGCAAAGAUUCAUUCUGAUUAGAGAUAUGGUCUACUAUAACUAAAGAUAUUUUUAUUUUAAAAAAUUACAGCACUUGUAACAUAAAAAUCAUUUGUAACAUUGGAUAUGAAGAGAUUAUUAGUAUUUAAAAUUAUUGUAGUCAUCUGAUCAUAAAUGAAGUAGAUUGCAAAAUAGACUUGGUCUUUGACCAUUUAAGGUGUAACUGUUGUGUUUUCCAAGACUGAUUUUAGGCAGUUUUAUGUAUCGUGUACCAAUGAUAUGUAAAAUAAAGCACCUUUUCUACUAUAA